UCAGUAAGGAACUAUUCUGGCGCUCACGACUUUACCCUCAGCUGCUAGGCUGGCCGAGCGACCUGGACGUCCCGGAUAACAGGAUCCCUCAAGAACAAAAACAAUUAAUUCACGACAAUAAAGCCUAAGCAGCUGGAUUUAUCUUGCCUUGUUACUUACUUUCCGGUCUUCAGGGCGGUUUGCUAUGGCAAAAUCCGCUGCGCUGCUUAUGGCCGCUGCGCUGCUGUUCCUGGCGUAUUACCCUGCAGAAGCCCAGGAAACCGCAGGAAAUGCCUGCCAGGCAGUCCUUAUUUCCGGCUUGUACAGCACUUUUCGGAAUUCGUACUCAGAGAUCCACCAGGCGGCAUGCGCCGAUUACUGGAUGUGGGACUACCCAUAUGAACAGUACCGGGAGGAUACUGCAACUCCAGAGGCCCAGGGCCUUGCGGCCUCUCUAAAUAUAGCAGUAAAAGCCUUCCGAUGGGUGGUUGGCGGGACCUAUACCGGAUCAAGAUACAUCCAGAGCGCCGCCCAGUUUGCAGUAGUCCGGAUGGAGUCAGAGGCCUACCGUGCGACUAGCUGUGGCAGUUCUUUGGUGAACUCCUCUACCGACAAUGCUGUGAUAAUACUCGCCCAGUUCGUUGACCCGGCUAUUUACCAGGCCUACAUCUCGUGCAUCAACCUCUUCACCAGCGGUCUCCGUAUAACGCAGACUUCGGCGUUCACCUACAGGCGCGUGUCCUUGGAAGUCCGCUUUAUACCCACCCAGGCCCGCCCCAGUGCAUUUAUCACUGGCAUCGUCGCUUACCCGCCAAACACAGCGCAAUGCACCAUCUACCAAACGCCGCCAGCGGCCGAGCCCGCCGCCGCCGCCGUCCCCGUUGUGCAAGCUGCUGCGAGUCCGCCGCCUGCUGGAACAAGGCGCCCAUCACCGCUACCUCCACCCCGACCGCUGCCGCCGCGGCCGCGGCCGCCGUCCCCUUCUCCUCCUUCACCGCCAAUCACAUCGCCGCCAGCGAGCCCGUUCCAGCUGCUGCCAAGGACUGUGUACUCUGUCUUCUGCCAGAUGUCACCCGACGUGCCCUCUGACCUCCGCUACACAGACAUCAAUGUCUACACGUCUUCCGGCAACUUUCAUACCCUCGUGUACAGCGAUCCGGAUCCUCCAGCCAACCAGCUCACUGAAGUGUUCAAUCGCAUCGGGGCGCUGGAAACGUGGCUGCAAGCAAAUAUUUCAAACCUCAGCAAUAAGGCUUCAGGCCAAGCUAGCCCAGCACACGCCGCCGUGCGUGGCGGCAGCAGCAGGUAUCCUAGCAAUGCAUGCUGUCGAUCUGAGAACUCGUGCAGGAAUAGCCACGAGAUGUUCGAGAGAAAUAAUGUGGUCCAGCAGCGUGCGUCAAAUGUCCAGACCGGCUUCUACCAAGUGAACUUCGGUUGCAGUGAAGCCAAUAACUGGGGUUGCACCGGCGGGGCAAGCAAGUCGAAAGUGUUCUCAGUCAACUUUCCGUCUUCGUCCUUCGCAUCCACGCCAGUCGUAACCCUGGCAAUUAAUGGUAUGGAUGGGCCGAAGACCCAAGACAACGUGCAGCGCAUCAGGACGACGAUCAUCUCGAGCAACCGAACUGGUUUCAUUGGUGAAGUAACUGCUUGGAUGCUCGACCAAGGCUGCUUCUGCCUCAUCGACCUAACCUGGGUGGCUGUGGCGAAGGAUGUAUUGAACUUGUGA